AGUUCAACGAGUUUCUCUGCAGCACGACAUUUGGGUUUUGAAGAACAGAGCAUAAGGUCAUCACUUUGUACAAUGUCUACCAUCAUUCAAAAGGUAAAAAUGGAUUUUUUUAGGGAAUUGAGAGAGCUACGGGGUAACCAGGGUAGGGAGGAAGAAGAGGGGGUGAUUGCCGCGGAACCUAUUGCGAUCAUAGUACCACCGGAGCUGCAGGAUUUGCCGGAGACAAUAACGUCAGAGAGCAACGCCAGUUCAAGCACCGGAGAUAAUGGCGACGGCCACCACGCUUCACCGUCCAGCAGCUCGUCUUUUGGGGGUCCGUCAAAUCAUGAGGAAGAGCCGGAGAACGUAGGUGGUAACGAACAGGAUCUGCCCGCGGCUGGGGAAUGGGAGGAUAGGGUACUCCCGGGCAAACUGAGUAACAUACGCAAAGCUCCAAAGGAUCUGCCAGCCAGGUUUAGAUUCAGGGCGGUGCUUCAUCACGAAGUAGCGGACAGCGCGCCCUCAAUAAGUGGGUACAAGAGGCUGGAGGAGAUGAUAAGGGAGUACCACAUCCCCAGGACUAUAUUGGUGCGAACUGGCGGGCAGAACGAGAGGGCUUGCUCGGUAUCGCAGACGGGCUGGAUACCCGUGUAUGCAGAUCAUUUUGAUGCCGGUCUGCGAUUUCCCCUGCCCGGGCUGGUAUUCGACCUGCUGGCAGACUACGAGCUGGCUUUGACGCAGCUGACACCCAACAGCAUAAGGUUCAUCGUGGGCUUUAUGCUGUUGUGUGCGAGACUGGAGGUACCAGCCAAGGCGAUAGUGUUUAGGUCGCUGUUCCAAUGCCGGCUAUGUCCAAACUCAAGAGGAGCGAAGUGGUACUACCUCUCUGGGAGGGAUAAGAGCCAGCUCUUCAAAAAUGUGAGGAAUAAAGUGGCGCGGUGGAAAAGGCAGUUCAUUUUCGUUCGCGACACGCGAACAGAAAGGGUAAGCAACGACCUCGCUGCCCGGCUGUCGGAAUGGCGUACGCCAAAUGCGCAUGUGAAUUAUCCCCAGCUGUUGCCACGGGACACGGAUCUCAAGAACCGGCUGUUAGAGCAUGCGAGAUGUGAAAACUUAGUAGAUCUUGAGGUCCUGGUUACCCCGGAGCUGCUCGCCGUGUUCGGGUUUGUCGACGUGGCAAAUCUGUUCACAAAAGGAGAGAUGAGCAGCAUCUUGGAACACCAACGACAGCGAGCCCAAGGCUCACGAGGUCGCGCUUCGGGCAACGCGCAACCCAGGCCACGAGCAGAUCACAGAGCUGAGGCUACGGCCCCGGGUGCACGCAGACGUGCACGCGAGGAGACAGAGAGCGAGGAGGAUGAGGUCCCCCUUGCUCGGCGCAGAACAAGCGGGGGGACUCAGCCCGCACAGGCGGCCCGUCCUGCAACCGUGUGUUCACCGAACGCACCGUCAGUGACUGUGCGGGCAGCAGUGGAGCCCGCCUCUGCAUCGGCCUCGAUGUCCGGCCCCAGGAUUGCUUAUCCUGAGGGCUUCAGCUAUGUUCGGGCAGAGUGCCAGCCUGCCAUGGUGCAAGGCAUGCACAGCUUUGUGCCCCCCGCAGAUAGUAAGCGGGCCAAAGCCUUUGUGCAACAGCAUGGCGGCCAGGUCGCCAUGAUAAAACUGAUGGAUGCGUUCAGCUACUCAGUAGCGCUGUACGAGAGCGAGCAAGCGGCUCAUACAGAGAACACCGAGCUCGGUUCAAAGUGCAAACAGCUGGCCGCGGAGAAGGCUAGCCUUGUGGACGAUGUGAAUCGUCUGCAAGGCUCUGAAAUGGCGAACCGAGCUGCGGCUGCAGAGAGCCGGGCGGACGAGCUUGCCAAUAGGAUCAAUGAGCUCAAGGAGGAGCUAGAGCGAGGUCGUGCCGAGAAAGAAAGCGGGAUUCAAGCCGCAAAGGAUGAGGCCGCUCGGGCUGAAGAGCGGGCUAAGAGGGCUGAGGACGAGAGAGAUCGUGCUCAGACCGUGCUGGGUUCCCUACGGUUUCAGGUCGCUGAGGCUGACAAGAACCUCAACGCUACCAAAGAGGCGCUGAACGCAUUGAAGGCAUCUCAUGCGCGCUCCGUCGGUAUUGCCCGAGCUCAAGGGGCAGAAUGGCUGGUUGGCUCGUCAACAUUCCAAGACGCAGUGGCGGUGGCGUCUGCUAACAUGACCACGGAGAUCUACAACGAGAUUCAUGGGAAGGUGCUGCACCACCACCCAGAUUUUCCAAUCCGCGAGCUGGUCUUCUUUGACGAGGAGGAGCUUGACGAGCAGGGUAAGAGCCUUGCUCCCCUCGCUGACACAACUGUGAGGCUGAGAUGGGAUUUAAACGAGGAGAGCAUGCCCAUCUGGCCACCGUCCGUGCUGGAGGACGGGGAGGAUCCAGCAGGACUGCCCUUAUUUGAUGCAUGGGUAGAAGGUGCUCCUGUAGCUGAGCAGGAGCCUUCAAGCACCCCGCCCAACUCUCAGCCUGCUGUGGUGCCAGCCUGCUCACCUGUCAGCGCGCCAGCCUCUGAGCCCGCAGCCCGGUCUCCUCCAGCUCGCUCUCCUGCAGCUGCUGCUGACGUAUCCAUGCCCGUCGAUCUGAAGGAUGACUAGAUUUAGGGUUUUUAUUCUUUUGAUUUUUUGUACUUUGCUUUUACAUUUUUGUAUUUGAUCAAUGGAUUCAUAUCAUGUGUACCUUCAAUGUAAACAUCUUUGAUGAAAUACAAAAAUGAGUUUUCC